AUGCCACCUUGUCGCGAAUUAACUCAAGAGGAAAAAGAUGAGAAGAAUAGGAAGGCUAGGGAAAGGGCCAAGAUCGGUCGUGAAGAGAAGCGACGUCGGCUCAAUCCCGAAGAAGUUCAGGUUGCCAAAAAUUUGAAUGCGAAAAAGGCUAGGGAAGACCGCCAGGCAGAGGCACCUGACGAGAGAGCGUUGAGGCAGAGGUUUUAUGCUGAGUGGAAAAGAGUCACCUGUGCUAACGAGACUCAGGUUGAACAUGAAGCUAGACUGCUUGAUCAGCGAAUCCGUCAACAAUUACUUCGACAGGAACAAGCGGAAGAAGAAAAUCGUGCUCGACUGUUAGCCGAGGCGGAGCGGCAAUCAGUUUUUCGUCAAGAAGAAGAAAAUCGUGCGCGACUGUUAGCCGUGGUGGAGCGGCAAGCAGAUCUUCGUCAAGAUGAAGAAAUUCGAGCUCGAUUGCAAGCCGAGGCAGAGCGGCAAGCACGCAAGCUGCUCUUCGUCAACAAGAAGCAGCAAUUAUUCUACGAGCGAUGA